CCAACAACAACGACUACUUCCAAUCGCCGGCUUUUAAACUAGUCAACAAAACCAUAAAAUAACUAAAAAAUCAAUACAAAGCACACAUAUCCAAAAGUCGACAGCAAAUAAUUAAUAUUCUAAUCAACAAAGUAAUCUACAAAACGAAAAGAAAACAAAACUAAAUUUUUAGUAGCCGAGUAGCUGGAAAUAUAAAAAAUACAUCACAAUGGAUUGGAUCAUCAACGAUGAGAUGGGCCUUACGGUGGGUCAUAUUGUGGGCUGGGCCGCCGCCUCUGCGAUGGUGAUUGGGGGCGUUAUCCCCUACGUUCCGCAAUAUAUCGAGAUCAAGAAGACGCAGGACGCGGAGGGAUUCUCCCUAUACGUAUGCCUCGCCCUGCUGGUCGCCAAUUCGCUGAGAAUACUUUUCUGGUUCUCCAGCCGCUACGAGCUUCCACUGCUGGUUCAGAGUGUCGUGAUGAACGUGACCAUGUUCCUGAUGAUCCAUCUGUGCGUGAAGGUGAAGCGGGUUAAUGCCAAUAACCGCGAGCACGCCCUGCGAGGCGACGAACUGCAUUUGCCCAAAGUGAUGACGGACACGGAUACGGGAGCCUCUGUUUCCACUGAAGCGGGCGGAAGCGUCCUGAAGCGGGUUCGCUCCCGGCAUUAUCUCAAUGAUCUGGAUUUUAAAUACUUUUGGAGCUGGACAGACUUCCAAUCGUAUCUGGACUUUAUGCUCGUCGUGUGGGCCGUGGGCGCCGCUAUAACAUAUCUGAUGCUUUCCGUGCAUUGGUUCAUGGAAUCCAUGGGCUUUGUGGCCGUCUUCACCGAGGCCAUGUUGGGGGCGCCACAAUUUCUACGCAACUUUAAGAAUAAAUCAACAUAUGGAAUGAGCAUACACAUGGUGAUCAUGUGGACGCUCGGUGAUAUGUUCAAGACUGGUUACUUUAUUGUUAGGAAAGCCCCAUCGCAAUUCUGGAUCUGCGGCACGCUGCAGGUCAGCUUGGACAUAGCGAUCCUGUCACAGGUGUGGUUCUACCGCAAGAAUUCCAAGCCGCGCGAUUUGCGCCGCGGCGAUUAGCAGUUUGCCCCCGAAGAACAGCCACAGCACACCCAUCACCACGAUCUACACACAUCCCAUUCCGAGGAGCAUCAGCUAUCGCUGCCCGUCACAGUGAGCAGCAGCGGAGACGAUCAUCUGCUGACGGCUCGUGCCGACGACGAGCACUUCAAGGUGCUGGACUUUGGUCAGUGCCACGAUAAUCGUGCGUUUCAGUAUCACAAUAAUAACAAGAUGUUGCCCAGACCAGGAGGCAGUGGCAAGAGUAAGGAUGAUAGCAGCAUGGCAGCUGCCUUGGAGGUCGUCAUUGUCCAUUCCCCGGCUUCCAAGGAGCAAAGACUGAUUGGCGGUCAGGAGGCGAGCGGUUGCUGCCGCAGGAAGCGAAAUAAUGCGACCCAAACCAGAUUGGAGGGCGGCGGCAGUUGCUGUUGCGUGAUCACCACCCACCAUCACCACUGCCACUGCAAUCACCACAGGCACCACCAUCACCAUCAUCAUCAUUGUCACUACAGGAGCACAAAGAGACGAGCUCUGCUGCACCAGAAGAGGAGUCAUCACCACCAUCACAAUCAUAACCAGCAUCUGCAAGUCAAGCAGCAGUCGAAUCACAAACAAAUGCUUCCAUCUAACAACAACAACAAGUCUUCCUUGGACUCCAGCGAAGAGGCGAUGCAUCAUCAGGCCAUAGCCAUUGAAAUCGAUGCGGCCACAAUGAGCGAGGAUGGAGAUGAAAACAACAGCAGCACGGCCACGUCGAAUUUCCCCUAUAAGGUUGCCAGCGAAGGUGUAAAACCCAUUAUAAUGGCUCCGCUUCGAGAGCAACAUCGUCAUCGGAGGGGUUCCUUGAAUUCCAAUACCACCAUCGAAACCGAUGAACUUUCGCACGAUGAAGAUGAUGACGAUGUGCGGAUGGGCUCGCACCGUCUACCAGAAGAUGAGACCCAACUAACGCAGCCAGCCAUAACGAAUAGUUCCAGUAGCUCCACAAAAAGGGGCAAUCCUGCCUCCGCUCCAGCGCGAAAUGAGUGUGUGCGGAUCAAGAGAAAGAGGUUUAUAGCAGAAGCUGGACAGGAUUACUGCAGCAGUUGCUCGAGUUCCUGUUCCUGCAGCAGUUUGGAUGAAGAUCUGGAGGCCCAUCACGAAAUGACCGUUUCGGCGGAGUGUCAUCAGUGUUUGCCGGGCUCCCGGAGAGCAAGUUUCUGCUCUUGUCAUAAUUCCACCUGCUGUUGUGGCUCCUGUUCCCAGGAAGAAGACGAGGAGGAGGAGGAAGCCGAUGAUGAGGACGACGAAACUACGGGCCAAAGGGAAAGCUUUUGUACAGCCGCCGAUCAUACCAUUACCCCUUCGCAAGAGGGUGAGGAUAUGCAUAGUAGUACCCUAACACCGCUCAGCACCCAGAGGUCUUCCUUCAUGGAGCAGGAUCAUGGAGAUCACACCAUUAGAAGUGAUAAUGGCGGAGGCAACCUGACCGAUGCAGAUGCCUCUUCACUCAGCCAGUCGGCGGAGUACUUUUCGCUGUCAUCCACGGCCGGAGGAGGAGCCUCUUUUCCUAUCAAAGAAGAGGAUAAAAAGGAGAAGCUGGAGAAGAAAGAGGUGAAGGAUUUCAAGGAAAAUGAAGUGGAGCCACCGUCCUGCAAACACUGGAAUCGCAAUCCACAUGGCAAACACAAACGCGCCUCGUCGCCAGUGGACAACUCCUUAUGACGAAGUGUCUCGCUGGUCGCCUGGCCAGCAAUCGAUGUGAAUGCACUGCUGCAGCAGACCAUUAGGAAAUCGGCUGUGCUGCAGGAGACGCCAGUGCGCAGGAAAUCCACUGCCAAAAAGGUUCCAAGUAAUGAUUCCUCCACGGCCACAUUAACGGCCAGCGUUGUGACAGUGGCCAAAUAUCCGGGACCUGGCUUGGUCACCACUGUCACCAGUUUGAAUGGCUGCGGAACCACCUAUAGCUUCACCACCACCACGGCUGGACCUUUAAAUCCUGCAGCUACCAGCAAGAGAAACUCCAAGUACUCGCCUGUACCAAAUUCCGAGCCCUACCAAUGCGAUCCACUGCAGCAGAGCUCGACGGAAAUCAUCUUAUAACUCAUACAAACAUACCUCUGCACCUUCAACUUUUAUACAGUGCGAAGCCGUAUAAGAGUCAAGGUUAAAGUUCAUUAGUAGGAAGGGAUUAUACAAUAACAUAACACCAAAAUUCGUGGAGAUCGAUGGGAUGGAAGGUAUAUCGAAAAACCAAAAUUCAUAAAGCUGUUCAAUUUGUUGUUAUUCGGGGGUAACAAAAACCAAGAUGAGGAUGUAGAAAAUGCAGACCUAGUUUAUACAUAUUAGAACAUAAAACCAAUGUACAUUAUUUUUUAUGUGAGAUGCAUCAAAAGAUUAGCUUAAAAUGUGAA